UCCAUCCCUUCAAACAAUCCUCCCAAGCAUGUCAGACCACUCUGACUCCAAUGAUUCCCAUGAGCUUAACAACUUAGAUGAUAGCCUAGACGAUUACAUUGCCGAGCAAGAUAUCGUAGAUUCCUUCGCUCGGAUGUUUGCAAACAAGUUUAAGGCCAGACUCGCAGCUCUGCGUGCUGGAUUAUCUUGUCGCCGAAGUGGUACCAGAAGGUACAUACGGAGGAAUCGUGAGGAGGCCCAUAAUCUGCUUGUGGCUGACUACUUCGCUGAAAUUCCAACCUACAGCGAUGCAAUGUUCAGGAGAAGGUUUCGGAUGAGAAGACCUGUCUUCUUGCGUAUUGUGAGUGCCUUAUCAGAGUGGUCUCCCUUUUUCACUCAAAGGGUAGACUGCACUUCUAGGAAAGGGCUCUCACUGCUGCAGAAAUGCACGGCGGCUAUUCGUAUGAUGGCAUACGGUACCCCUGCUGAUGAACUGGAUGAUUACCUGAAGAUCGGUGAGAGCACUGCAUUGAAGUGUUUGAAGCAUUUCGCAAAAGGGGUGAUCGCCAACUUUGCUGGGCGUUACUUGCGACGCCCCACUUGUGAGGAUGUGGAGCGCUUGCUGCAAGUCGGCGAGUCUCGAGGCUUUCCUGACAUGUUGGGAAGCCUAGACUGUAUGCAUUGGCAGUGGGAGAAUUGCCCGGUUGCUUGGAAAGGACAGUUUACUCGCGGUGACCAUGGUGUCCCUACUCUCAUGCUCGAAGCAGUAGCUUCAUAUGACCUUUGGAUAUGGCAUGCCUUUUUUGGUGUUGCUGGUUCCAAUAAUGACAUAAAUGUGCUUAAUCAGUCCCCAUUAUUCAUUGAGGAGUUGAAGGGGGAAGCUCCUCGCGUGCAAUAUACUGUCAAUGAGAGGCGGUACAAUACUGGCUACUAUCUUGUGGAUGACAUAUACCUAGAAUGGGCUGCCUUCGUCAAGACAAUUCCACUCCCCCAAAUAGAAAAGGACAAGCGGUUUGCACAACUUCAAGAAGGCGCUAGGAAGGAUAUAGAACGUGCAUUCGGGGUCUUGCAAUCUCGCUUCUCUAUUGUGCGUCGUCCAGCACGAUUAUGGUCACGAGCAUCUAUUGGAAAUAUUAUUAAAGCAUGCAUCAUUCUCCACAAUAUGAUAGUUGAAGAUGAGAGGGAAAUGGUCACCACUCCUCUUGACUUGAAUGAGACUCCGGGGUCAUCAGUUGUUUUACCUCUAGAAAUGAAGGUGGGUGGUAACACAUGCUUUGCUGAUGUUCUUCAGAGAAAUGCUGGAAUUCGUGAUCGCUCAACACAUACGCAACUCAAGAGGGACUUGGUUGAGCACAUUUGGAAGAGAUAUGGCAAUUAG